UAUCUGAAAUAAAAUAAAAUAAAUAUUAAGGAUCAAGGGACCAUUGGGCAAUGAUGUGUCCAUGCUCGACAAGCACUUGUAUCUGGUGAGUGAGGUGUCUGGAGGGGAAAGUGGCUCACGGAUCACAUUGUGGUGCUUAGAAUGGAAAAGGGGCGGACUGACCAUUUGGAAACUCGGGCACUACCCGAGGCCCAGGGCAGUAGGGGGCCCCAUGAGAUGCAACUGGUACCUUUUUCAUAGGCUUUUUUGAGUUUCGGAAGGACAUGGGGUCCCAUGAUCCCCUAUUGCCCGGGGGCCCCAUGAGUUGUCAGUCCGGCCCUGUUCCUGA